ACCAAUACUUGCUCUUCUCCUGCCUUUCUGCUCCAAGGCUCGAAUGCUGGCGUAGCUGAAGGAAGAGGGGGGUUGCAUUCGGUUGUUGACGAAUUCUCCGGAGCCGCGGAGCCGCCACCUUUUCAAACUCGUCCCAUCCCGUCGUUAUCAUGAGAAGAAUGUAGGUGCACAGGACAUGCUGCACAGGCCAGGUGUCACAGGCGGUAUGAGGUGCUGCAACAGAAUAUGCGUGCUCUCCUGUAACAGUUCCAUGAAGGCUGGAGAAGCUUUGACAAGCUGCCACGCUGCGUCGUACCGCGGCCCGUACUCGGACAGGCACACAUUUUGUUGGUCCCUGCAGCUACUUUCCAAAAUGAAAAGAUUUGGAUAUCAGGGAACCUCAACAACUCGUCAACCAUGGACGCUGAUCAUGAGGAAGAAGAAGUGACCAGACACCUCAACGGAAGCAACCUUGAAGGUCGCCGAAGUCAAAGUCAGUGUGGGCUGCCAAGCCAUAUUGCCGCGACCCCUCCCACUUGCUCCGUCCGGGGUACCGACCCACGCCGCACUGUGUACCUUCACCCCGGUCAGCUUGACAUUGUUGGAGGGAAGGGACUUUGUCCGACCGUCAUACUUCUUGUGUGCGAAAAGAACUGGUGAUGAUACAGCCAAUAUUGCCCCCAGCGGAUAUCAAUCCAAAAAGGAGCCCUCCUUGCGAUUUCAUUUCAGAUAUCUUCUUGGCUGUCGGAGCGUUUCUUCCAGCCUUUCACCAUUGAAUUUCCUCCAAGGUACUCUUGGCCCAGGGAACUUCAAAUAUAGGCUCGAGAUGCAGCCCCCGGCAGUAGCACCUGCCGAGUCAUGACGUAGAGCUUUCCUAUCCCCAGUUAUUCUCUAGACUGCUCCUUCCUCAUGAAAUUUUCCUAACCGACAUGUUGAAUAUGGCACGAGCAACCUCGCAGAAAGAAGUUGCCAGUGGCGUGUUACUUGCAUGGCUCAAGCCCAGAUAGUGGAUACACAGGCCAGAGACAGUGGGGUGACAAAGAGGGAACCGCCUGCCACUCCCGUCUCCCGCUCUCCCACUCACAACAACAACAACAACAGCAACAACACAUUUAUACCACAUGUCGCUUUUGUAAUCGGCAAAAGAAGAUGCAGCAUUUGCUCAAACGAGCUAAUCUAGCCCCUCGGAGCCGCAGAAGCUGAAGCAGACGCCGCCCGCUUCGCACGGAACAGGGGGGAUGGGUGAGAGGGUUGCAGCGGCCCAGAGACUCGGGCGCGCCCAGCCCUCUUUUUCCAGCCUUUCUCCAACACAUCCUAGACAAUCCUGGGCCAUCAUCGACGCCCCUGCCGGCUUCCAUGCUGGAUCUUGAUUUGGCCGCCAGAUCCCGGACCGGCAACCCCCAAGGACCCUGGAUGCGCCUCAUCCCAACUCUCCACCCCGCCAGACCUCUGGAUGGAGUGUCCGCAACUAUUGCUCACCAACGACUCGACAUGCCUCGACAUAUCACCACCACCUAACAAAACUGCUACCCUUGGCUGCUACCCUUGGUAUUCACUCAAGACCCGACUCCCGUGCCUAUAUGUGAACCAAUAUCACACCUUGCUUAGACUAUCUCCCAAACAGCAGCUCUAUCAGAGGUUGUAGCCUAUGAUACGUCUACGCGCUCUACGACAAGCCCAUCGAUUGCUGUAGCAGGCAUCGACCCCCUCGGACCCGAAGCUGGUCAUGCUGGUCCUGCCCUGUACCGCGCAUGGCAUACCCCCUGCCUAGAGUCGGUGUGUAGGUCGAUGAGAGCUUCUUGGAUCCUGUUGAUCAUCAUCAUCCCCACUGAUCUUACGAAUCUCCCGCAGCUGUGCAUCAGGUACCGUGGACCCUGUUCUCUCCCCGGGAGCUAACUACGGCUCAGCUGCAGCGGCAUCCUCGCCUUACCGUCAGGCUGUCUUGGCUUCGUCAGGGUCGCAGGCUCUUGAGCGUUGUUGUCCUGUGGGCUGCAUUGUCCUCUCACGCAACACGUUUUUUUUCUUGCUAUUUUUCCCGGGGCAGGCAUAUGCACGUCGUCCCAAGGUUUGGUCAAGCGCGGGCGGCUAUAAAAAGGAUCCCUCCCAAGCGCCCUAACGCAGUUGCCGCCCCCAUUCAUCAUCCCCCCAUCUUAUCCCCAGACCUCCCCCGUGUCCCCCUGGUGGCAAUCUUUCAUGCUGUAUCUAUUUCCAGCUGUAGCGCAGUACCUCGCUUGAUCAACGUUCCAAGCGACCUGUACCAGGCUGUUGUUGCCGACGGUUCAGUGCAGAUUCACACGCGAGCAGUGGACGCUUCCAUCCUUCCAACAUUCGAGAAGAGGUCUGAGAGCGAAGACGACCAACAAACCACCCGCUGCUCAGGCUGUCUCCCUUUCAAGAAUUGUGUUAUUAGACACGUUGGACUCCUGGUUCUCCACUUCAGGGACUUGGAACAUCGAACACCCCCCGUUCGUCCAACGAAACCAACACCGACCAUGGCGAUGCCUCGGCCAGGUGACAACUUCCAAGGGGAACAGCCCUUUGCCGACGCCCAGUUCGACAUCUUCGAGUGGCAUCCCUACUUCCAGUCCUGUUUGCGAUACUUUCUCGACCACGCCCAGUACGAAGGUCCGAUCCAGGCCCUCGCCGCCUUUGUCAACAUCCAGCUGCCCUUUCAGAGAUCCACAAAUCCCAUCUUGUCCUCGCGGGCCAAUUCCCCUUCGGGUGGUGGCCCUGGAUUAGCUGCCGGGUUUGGCGCACAGGGCUCGUCGGGUCGAGCAGCCGGUGUUGGACCGGGGAUGGCUGGGCCCGGGGGGGCAGGUCUGUUAGGGGGAUUCCCAUCCCACAUCUCGUUGCUGCCGUAUAUCCGCCGACUGGUGGCGACCGGGUUCGACUUUCCAGCCGUGCUCCAUGGGUUCUUUGGGGACGACUGGCAGAGAGGGAUAGGGCAGUUCCACGAGCAGGAGAGGAGGAAUUAUCUGUUUGCGACAAAGAGCAACAGCUGGCUGGAUGUCAAGGCGGCGUAUGACAUGGGGGCAGAGGAGACGAUACCAUUUUUGAAGCCGUUGCAAAACACGACGGAGAAGGAGAUUCAGGCGGCCGAGGCGGCGUGGAGCGAGUGGUUGGCCAUGCAGGAUUGGAUGGUGGGACCUAGAGGACUGACAGCGAUUAACACCCCCCCACCGGGCGGACACGGACGACGAGGGAAGCCUUAUAUCAAGAGGGAAGAAAACUGAGAAACACAACAUGAGAGAGAAGAGGGCAGGACUGUAUACCUUACUUGACGAAAUUUUCUUUUUUAUAUGGCUGUCAUUUCUUUUGGGGGUAAUCCAUGGCAUUGUGGGCUUGGGCUUUUCGGGAUGGUGGCAUUUUUCGUCUUUGUGUCGGCUCGGGCAUAGCAAGCGGGGUACAAAGGGGGCGGGUGGGUUACGAUGAUUUCUUUUCUUCUCUUUCCGUUAAGCUUUUUCGUUGAUAUAUUGGGAUGGAUGGUUUUAGUUGGUUUCUUUUUGGGACGGGUUAUUAGACCUUGACGAAGUUCAUGAGCGGGAUGUGUAGGGGAGAAGAUACCAACAGUAUGGCAUGGCCUUUUUGACACGAGAUGAUGAUGAUGGAGAUGGGGGGAAUGUGUACGAAGAGACAGCCGGAUGAGUCAUGAACGGAUGAUGAUGUUGGGUAGAAGUGAAUGAAUGGAUGAUUGGUGUCUGGAGUUUUUGGGUUUGUGAUUGUGAGAAGUGUAUGAUGAAUGAUAGGGCGGGGUUGGAUGUGUG